GAGUCCUGCAAGCUGAAGGCCGGCGAGUACGCCACGCGGGUGGAGCUGCAGCAGGGCGAGCAGGCGGCGAUGGCCAAGGCCAUCGAGAUCCUCUCGGACGUCACGGGCGUGAGGACCGAGCAGCCCACGAACCCCGUGCCCCCGCCGUCGCCCUUGGAGUCCUUCCUGCAGCUGCCGCCACAGGCGUCGCCGCGGCGCCAGGAGGCGCUGGCCCUCCUGCGCCGGGCCGCCGGCAGGACGCGCAGCCAGGAGUUCGCCGACCUCGUCGAGGAGGUGUCCGCGGCCGCCGAUGGCCCGUUCAAGGUGGUGAGCGAGAUGAUGCAGAAGAUGAUAUUCCGCCUCAUGGCCGAGCAGAAGGACGAGGACGAGCACAAGGUCUGGUGCGACAAGGAGCUGGAGGAGGUGAACAUCUCCAUGACCGACAAAGGGGAAAAGAUCGAGACGCUGGAAGCGAAGAUCACAGACGGCAAGGCGAAAGUAGGCGAGCUGGCGGAGGAGAUCAAGGAUGCCGACGAAAUGGUGGCAACGCUUGAGAACCAUAUGGAGGAGGCCACCGCCGUGCGCGAGGCCGCGAAGGCCGAGAACAAGGCUGCCAUCAAGGACGCGCAGGACGCGCAGACGGCCAUCGCGCAGGCCACGGCGGUGCUGGAGCAGUUCUACAAGGAGUCGGGCGCGAUCAAGAAGGAAGCCUGGGAGUUCGUCCAGCGAGAGCCCGUGGUGGUCCCAGAGCACCCCUCGACCUGGGACGCCUCCUACACUGGCAUCGCGGACCCCAGCAACGCCCCGGACGGCAUCAUCUCUAUGCUCAAGGAUAUCUCGGCAGACUUUGCCAAGAUGGAAGCUGACACCCUCGCAACCGAGGAGAUGGACCAGAAGGCAUACGAGUCCGAGAUCAAGGAUUGCAAGAUCGAGAAGGCCGAGCGCAUGAAGGAGUCCGAGAUGAAGGCCGCCGAGAAGGGGCGCCUCCUGGACAAGAUAGCCGCCCUCGAGAAAACGCUGAAGCACACCAGCAACGAGCUGGAGAUGGUCGAGCAGUACCUGCGAGACCUCGGCCCCGCCUGCCUGGACGGAGACUCCACGUACGAGACCCGCAAGGCCGCGCGCCAGAGCGAGAUCGAAGCGUUGAAAGAGGCGCAGGUCAUCCUCGAGCAGGCCUUCGAGGAGGACUCGGCGCCGGCGCCCGCCGGCCGCUUCGCGCAGCUGGCGCGCCGAUCCCGCGCACCGCUCGUGCUCCUCGAGGUGGGGCAGGACAAGGCCGAGCAGCCGUCCGCCCACGCGGGGGCGAUCCGCUCGAGGAUCGCGAGGCAGAUGUCCGCGCUGGGCCGGGCGGCGCAGCCCCGCGCGGAGCGGGCGGAGGCGCCGGAGCCGGCGAAGGCCGAGGCCGCCGGCGAGGAGGGCGAGGAGGCGAAGCCGAAGACCGUGCUGCUGUCCCCGCACGCGGGCUACUGGGGCCGCGGGAUCAAGGCGCGCAUCCUCGAGGAGACGUCGGGGGAGCGCCCCGCCCAGACGGCCACCGUGUCCGCGGCGAGGGCGGCACCCGCGGCCCUGCCGGAGGCGCACCCCGGGGAGGCCGCCACGCCUUCGAUGCGCGGACCGGUCAAGCCCCCUGCCGUCGCGGCGGUGGGCGCCGCCGGCAACGCCACUGGCGGCAGCGGCGGCGGCGGCGAGGGGCCGGUGCAUUCGGUGAUGUCUCUCGUCUCGUCCUUCUUCGGCCGCUUGCUCCACUGA